AUUGACUGGAGCUCGCCUUCAAGAACCUUGUAUUCUGUUGCAUUUGGCCUUGAAUGAAGCAAACAGAACCUCCCGAAAUGUCAAGAAAGCUUGGUACACUACGACCUUGUCUUUAUCGACCUCCGUAUUUGGUAUUGAACGCCAGUGACAUAGGACCAGGGAAGGGCCAAAAGGCCGUUUGAAGGGGCGUCUCAUAUGGUGACAGCGCCCCCUGGCCCGCAACACCAGAGCUAUGCAUAUCGUGAGAACCACCGGACAACACCAAACUUCGCACAUAAAAGAUCGUCGUGAUCGCCGAAUCAUCUAAACUUUUUAUUCCUGCCAUCUCAUUACAACUUAAUCCUAUUUCUCAACCACCACUUACAUUCUUUAAGUUCUAGCUGGGCUAGUCGCAUUCUCUAAUUCGCUAGCCGAAGUCGCUCUUUAUAUCCGCCCAAUUCUCACAAGCUGAAACGAGUUUCGAGACCACCAAGCCACAAUGCAUUUCUCCAAGAUCGCCACCAUGCUCGCUCUCGUAGCCACCUCACUGGCCGCCCCUACCACCCAGCCGCAGAAACGCGCAGACGUUCUGACGUUCCAGACAUACAAUAACUUUCAGAUCAGCGACGGCACGGCUGGAAAUGCCCUCGCCGAAGUCAACAAAGCAUUCCCGGUCGACAUCUCCAAUCCGGCCUCGGUAUCAGCCAACGACCUGGCGAUCCUAAUCGCCGCGCGCCAGACCUCGGAGAACGCGGAGGCGACGUUCAACACCGCUGUGGCCGCGGCGUCGGGUUCCGCAGCAACGGCUCUGCAGAUCGGCAAGAUCAAGAACAAGGUCCUGAAACUACGGACCUUUGAGAUGUUGGUCACGGUGCAGAUCGCACAGGGCGCGACGGACAAGGCGGCGCAGCUCGCGGACAUCCAGACCAAGCUGGCCGCCAACGUCAAGACGGACCAGGCGAGCAAGGGCAAGGCGAGCCAGAGCGUCAGCUUCACGAACGACGUGCAGCCCAAAUGAGUGGCGGCGAGUGGCUGAUCAAACAGGCGCGCCGAUCUGGUGCCUGUUUUUAUUUCGCGACGCGUAUUCCGAAUUGAUUACAUGGCCGUUUGCAUAGGACGCAAUGAAGGUGCAAUUCCGUGUGCCAGAAUAAUUUCUGUGCUCGCUAAGAGCUCAUGCACAAGCUCAAGAUAAUGCCACGUCAAAUAUAG